ACAGAGAGUGUUUGUCCCUCAAAUUAAACCUGUAUGCCAAUGGAAAAAUGUAGUUAUCAAGGGAUUUAAAAAACUUCAAACCUUUUUCUCUUAUAUUUAGUGAAGAGAGUAGAAUAUCUCUUGUUUUGACUGGCAUAUCCACAACCUCGACAAUUGGUUUAAACUUCGUUUGGGAUUCCUGGUCACUUGUUUUAGCAUGGCGGAGCUUGAAGUUCACCGAAUCCUUCUUUUGGUUAUUUCCCUGACAAAGUGUCUGGAGGGUACAAAACUGCUGGCAGACCUUAAAAAAUGUGGUGACUUGGAAUGUGAAACUUUAAUGAGCAGAGUCUCAGCCACGAGAGAUUACAGAGGACCUGACUGCCGAUACCUGAACUUCACUAAAGGAGAAGAGAUAUCUGUUUAUGUUAAACUUGCAGGAGAAAGGGAAGAUUUGUGGGCGGGAAGUAAAGGGAAGGACUUUGGAUAUUUUCCCAGAGAUGCAGUCCAGCUUGAAGAGGUGUUUAUAUCUGAGGAAGUUCAAAUAUCAACUAAAGAAUCUGACUUUCUUUGUCUUCUUGGAGCAAGCUACACAUUUGAAAAUGAAGAUAGUGAGUUAAACAGUGAUAAUGGUGAAAAUAUAUACACAUAUGAAGAAAAUAAAGAUCAAAAAUUUAGUAAAUAUGAAAAUGAUUUUCAGAUAGAAUCUGGAUUUUAUGCAACUUCUGGAAGUACUUUGUUUGAAGACCAAUUCCCAGCAUCAGAGGCUCCUGAAGAUAUCAGAAGUACCAGUGAAUCAAAAGACUGGGAAGAAGUAGAAGCUGAAAGAGUGGAACAGGAUCAUAUUCCAGAAGAGGAUCAUGUCCCACCAUCCUCAGCUGUGCCUGAAGUGACAGGAUGGUUUGGAUUGGGAAGUGAACAAGCUGAAGAGAAGGCUUUUGAAUCAGUCAUUGAACCUGUACAAGAAAGCUCAUUUCACAGCAGAAAAAUAGCAGUGGAAGAUAAGAAUGACCUAGAGGAAUUAAAUAAUGGUAUGCACCAAACAGAACAAAAGAAAGAACCUGGAUCAGAACUUGAUUCAGUGCCAAAGAAACAGUCUGAACUAGCCUCUGAGUCAGAGCACAUUCUUAAACCUCAAGCCACUGGUUGGUUUGGUGGUGGAUUUACAAGUUAUUUAGGGUUUGGAGAUGAGGAUACAGAGCUUGAAUUAUUGUCCAAAGAAAGCAAUCCACCACUACAAGAUGUUCCCAAUUCCAUAUCAUCUGAUGAAGAAGGUUUUGGAGAUGAGGAUACGGAGCUUGAAUUAUUGUCCAAAGAAGGCAAUCCACUACUACAAGAUGUUCCGAAUUCCAUGUCAUCUGAUGAAGAAGGGUUUGGAGAUGAGGAUACGGAGCUUGAACUAUUGUCCAAAGAAAGCAAUCCACCACUACAAGAUGUUCCCAAUUCCAUAUCAUCUGAUGAAGAAGGGUUUGGAGAUGAGGAUACGGAGCUUGAAUUAUUGUCCAAAGAAGGCAAUCCACCACUACAAGAUGUUCCGAAUUCCAUAUCAUCUGAUGAAGAAGCCACAGUUCCAUGUACAGAAAUAUUAACAGAAAAACCAGAUAUAAUCACAAAUGACAGCUCAAUUCUCAAGCCAAGUUGGUUUGAUUUUGGUUUUCGUAUACUGGGCUUUGCCUAUGCCAAUGAAGAUAAAAUUAUAUCAGAUGAUGGAAAAAAUAAAGAAGAUGGUGGAGGAGAUAAACGUGAGUAUCCUACAGCAAGUGAAUUUGACCCUUAUAAGGAACAAGAAAUACAAAUGAUAAAGAUUAUGGAAACAGAAGAUCAAAUAGAUAAGAAAAGAGUCUUAGAGAAAACAGAUGAUUCUGAUACCUUGCCAUAUCUGAAAAAGUUCUUGUAUAACCCUUGGAGCUUUCAGAACAUUCCAAAGGAAACAGAAUUGUCAUUUCCUGCACAGACAUUGGAUCAAAAUAAUGUGGUUGAAAAUGACGAAACAGAAGAGUUUUCAACUGAAAAUUAUCCCAUAGAUAAUAUGAAAGUUAUGAUGUUGGAAAGCAGUUACAGUGAGUCAGAUAUGGUCUCUAAAAUAGAGUCACCUGUAAGAAUUCAUGAAGAGGUACAUUUCAAAACUCCAUCUUCUAAAAAUAAUUAUGAAAAAUCAAAACCAUCAGUAGACACUGAAGGUCCUGCUCAGGUGGAAAUAGAUAGAUCUUUGGAAAAUACCCUGCUAAACAGUCAGAUGGUUUCGCCUGAUAAUCCAUCAUCUACUCGAAAUUACAUUCCUCAAAAAGAAGAUGCUUCCGAGUUUCAGAUUAUGAAAUAUUUAUUUCAAAUUGAUGUUUACGAUUUCCUGAAUUCUGCAUUUUCACCAAUUGUAGUUCUUACAGAAAGGGUGAGUUGGCCUUUUUAA